UUUGAAAAUUUCAUAGCAAAUGUCUAUUCCGUAAAAUGGAACUUGGAAAAACCUUUCAGCGGAAAAUCUGCUGAAUAUUUUCCGUCAACUGUCAAUGUCAAUUGAAAACGUCGGAUUUCAGGAAAAAACUGUGACUGAGCCUGGUUUAUUUUUAUUGGCAUAGCGUAUAUAUAAUGGAACUAUUAUUUUACUAAUCGUGUAAAUAUAUUUUAAAAGACUAUUUUAGUCACAUUCGGAUACCCGAAAGGUGGCUUAUGUGGAGCUAUGCCGGAGCAUUUGGAACUCCAACACCUGGUGGACUUGUCGGCGGGAAGCGGCGACGAGACUCUACCAAAUCUUCUUGAGAACAAGAGACCUCUGAUAAAAAGAUGUCCGUACCUCGGCCUGAUACUAGCGACGCUAUCAUCUUUGUUUUUCUCACUGUGCUCGGUCAUCGUUAAGAGCCUCGUCAACAUCGAUCCCAUGCAGCUAGCCAUGUUCCGAUUUAUUGGUGUGCUGUUACCAACGAUACCUAUAGUGAUAUACACAGAACAGCCUGUCUUCCCUCAGGGGAAGCGCUUGCUUUUAUUCCUGCGGUCUAUAGUGGGCACCAUGGGCUUAAUGUUAAGUUUCUAUGCUUUCCGCAACAUGCCACUAGCAGAUGCAUCAGUUAUAGUUUUUUCUGUGCCAGUGUUUGUGGCAUUAUUUGCCCGGGUUUUCCUGAAAGAACCAUGUGGGAUUUGGAAUACUAUUUCCAUUAUAUUGACUCUUAUUGGAGUAAUAUUAAUCACUCAUCCACCAUUUUUGUUUGGUGAUGACCCGAGUGCUGAGCACAACCAGAACUACAAUAGUUUAAGAGGAGCGGUGGCUGCCUUCAUUUCCACAAUAUUUGGUGCAAACGCUUAUGUUUUGCUUCGAGUGCUCAAAGGAUUGCAUUUCUCUGUUAUAAUGACAAAUUUUGGUGCUAUUGCUAUACUACAAACAUUGUUUUAUUCUUUUGUGUUUGGUGUGUUGUGUAUGCCGAACUGUGGCACGGAGAGGUUUCUGGUUGUUUGUCUGGCAUUGUUCAGUUACUUGGGUCAGAUAUUGUUGACUAUGUCCUUGCAGAUGGAACAGGCUGGUCCUGUCGCCAUUGCCAGAUCUGCUGAUAUAGUGUUUGCGUUCCUGUGGCAAGUUAUGUUUUUCAAUGAGAUUCCAAGCAAGUUUUCUGUGUGUGGAGCUGUUUUAGUAUUGAGUUCGGUAAUGUUAGUUGGUCUUCGUAAAUGGGCAUUAGCUUUGCCUGCUGAUUCGCAGUUGAGGAGCAAACUGGGUGUGCUGGCACGAUAAUCUGAAGUUUGUUAGUCUCACUUGCAUACAUAAUAUUGCUAUUAUGUUUUAUUAUUAUGACUUGUUUCGUCUAAGUAUCAAUGGUAUUUAAACACUUGAAUAUGGAUUGAUUAUGAUAUUAUUGAUAUUUGAAAAUGAUGGAAGAGGUUGAUAAGUUUUUUUAGGUAUAUUAUUGUAACUACACAUGUUUCAAGCAUUAGUUUUCUAGUCAUGUUAUUGUUCCUAUAUGUUAUUAUAUGAUGGAUUUAUAAAUAAUAUAAAUACUCAAUAUUUAAAGGAUUAAGUUGGCACACUGUGCUUAGCCUGUUUUUGGUGAUGGUUACUCCAUCCAUCCCCACUCCUACUUAAGUACUAAACGGGUAACUUAUUACUAUAAUAUAUAGUUUAAUUCCAUAAGCAAGUGUUUAAAAAACCUUAACAAAUACACAUUAUUCAGUCGACAAACCGUAGUGAGUUUGCUUUAAGUAUAUAUAAGAAUGGACAGAAACAAUAACUAUUAUAAAUUAUAAUACUUAAGUAAAACUUUUCACCCUAAAAGACUGUUAAGUAAGUCCACUUGAAGUUGCGUUGUGUGUGUUGGCCUCUUUAUCACUUUGCCUAGAGAUUGUGUUCCUCAUUGGCUUUAAUUAUUUAGUCCUAUAUUAUAUAAUUGUUUAUCGUUGUAAAGCUUUAUCACAACUUGCUUAGAUGUGUUAUGAUAAUUCUAUUUCUUCUAUGUCGUUGACUCAAUCCUAGUGAUCUCUUAAUGUCUACAUUUUAUUGUUACCUACAUAUCAUCAAUGUUAUUCAUUCUGUUUGAUGGGGGUAGAUGACAAUUUUUUAAACGUCAUCAAAUAUUUCGAUCGCCUAUCAGCCCACUUCUACACGUAUUGAACAAAACUGUGACGUCAUUCGCUAGUCGGUUUCAUGACGUCACACAUCUGUAAUUUCUUUUUCUUUUCUAAUUUUGUUUAAAAGUACCAAUGAGUUUCUCUUACGGACAUAGAUUUUUAUUCGAAUCCAGUCAUCUACCCUACUGUAUUAUUUUUGUAAGGUCUCAGAAAUUGAAUAUAGCAAUAUUUUAAAAGUGUUAAAAAAUAUUUUGUUGAAAUCAAAUUGAAAAUUGAACAAAACUAUUGUCAUUAUCAUCUAAUCAUUGUAAAUUAGUAUUUUAUCUAGAUGUUUUAUGUUAUAGACUAAAACUGAUAUUUUUAUAGGAUCAAUUUCAUCAGUACACGCUGAUUGUUAUAUCUCAUGUUAAGAUCAGGUAGUUUAGAUGUUAAAUUAUUUUGUUUACAACUUAAAAUCAAAUACACUAGUCAUUAAACCAUAGAUACGGCACAAUAGUGAAAUAGAGUUUGUUAAACUAUUUUUUCCAAGGAUUGUUGCUAUCAACGCCUGCUGUAAAGAUGGCGAAUUCGUACAGAAUGUUGUAUUAUAGCGUGCGCGUAGCUAGUAACCUUCUGAACUGAAGAUGUUAUAGGUAGACUGUCAUUUGCAUAGCUCCCUGAUCCUGCCACUCAUAUACUUCUGGGACUUAUCGCCAAGUAUCACUUUGCAUGUAGUAUUAUCGUAUGCGUGGAAAAGAGAUACCGCGCUAUGCUGUGUAUUACGCUGUCCCGCUUUCACAACCAUAAUAUAAUAUUACUUGUAAGAUGUGGUGGUAGACGUUAAGGAGGUUACUAGCUCACGCGCGCACACUUUAGUACAACAAACGCGCGACUGUCCACUUUUCCGUUUUUAUACAAAUUGAAAAAAGCUGCCAGUCGCUCGGUACGGUAUCUCGCUAGUGCGUAAAAGGGUUCAAUCAGGCAAAAUCGAACACAACCAAACACCAAUUUAUACUAAUGUUUACCAAGCUUUAUAUAGUUUGUUAAAUUUAUCCAUUCAAAUAAUUUAAAACGAUGUUUAACGGCUAAAUUGGUGUUGUUAACUGUACAUAAAUUGAUUGGAUUGUGAUAUUUUUACUUCUAGUCAUAAAAUAAUAUGUACACUGCUUAAUUUAAUAAAUAUAAUGUUCAAUAAA